AUGUCUUAUCGCGCAUAUGGUGGAGGCUAUCGUGGACGUGGCGGAAGAGGUGGAAGGGGUGGACAGCACUGGCAACAGACGGCAUGCGAAGAAGAUACGUUUCGCGACCCGAGUAAUUUUAACUCCGGCUCACCGUAUGCAGAGCUGAGGAAUUACUUUAACUCUGUCGAGGGCGUCAAUUACGGAGAACUGAAGUCCCUGACAAACGCGUCCUUUGCACUUUCAGAAUCUGUGCGGUGUACGUUUUUGGCGAUCCAGUCCGAUCCAUUUGCUCCUGGAAGUCAGGUGCGUAUGUCCUGCCCUUGCCCGUUUCAGUUGCAGAAGAUCCUGCAGUGCUCGGAAUUGAGCUCCUGCGUGCCGUGUCGUCGUAUCGCGGCGGAGGACUACAUCCUCCGUUCCUUUCAUGAUGGCCAUCGUCGGGGUGUUGCAAGACACCACAGUGGGGCGUUGCAUGUGAUGCGUCCCUCUCAACAUGUGUUGGAGAGGAGUACGGUUGUCCUGGUGAAUGGCGAUAGGGAGAGAGGAGGGGUGGAGGUGCAUUUGUUUGCGCGGGUGAAGCUGCCGGGUCAUGGACGCCGCAUUGAUGGCCAUGGAGCCAUCCGUAUUUUUUACGAUGAACUUCUCCCGAUAAUGGAGCGUUGUGUUGUUGGCCUCGACGAAGAGGCCCUCUACCAGCAUGUCACCUGCGUCCACGAUCAGGAACAUCUUCGUGGUGAGUUGCGUGCCGCAGGGUGUGUGGCGUUUGUUGCGAAUGGAUCCGUGUUGCCACGCGAAUCAGGGAAUUCCGACAGGCCACUUGGCAAAGGCGCGGUGCCAUUUGUCUCGCCAGCGUCGCUUGAGCGCACAUUUCAUCUGCCGCACAGCGGUGCCACGGUAACGGGCAUGGGCCUCCCGCAUGGGUUGAUACUCAUCGCCGGUGGUGGGUUCCAUGGAAAAUCGACGCUCCUGCGCGCACUGGAAGUGGGGAUUUACAAUCAUGUGCCGGACGACGGCCGGGUGUACGUCACUGUGGACCCAACAGCGGUGAAAAUUCGUGCGGAGGAUCGACGAUCCAUUAAUGGUGUUGAUAUAUCGCCCUUUAUUAAUAACCUUCCGUUCCAAAAGACCACCACCUCAUUUGUCACCUCCGAUGCCAGUGGCAGCACUAGCCAAGCCGCUAAUAUUAUGGAGGCCCUGGAGCUGGGAUCACGGUUGUUGUUGCUUGAUGAAGAUACCUGCGCCACCAACCUGAUGUACCGUGACGAUUUGAUGCAGCAACUUGUGCCACGUGAACAGGAGCCCAUUACCCCAUUCGUGGACCGUGUCACGGACCUGAUACAGAACCAUGGGGUUUCCUCCAUCAUGGUGAUUGGAGGAUCCGGGCAAUAUUUCCCGCACGCCACGGUAACCUUAGUUAUGAAUGCUUACAAGGCUUUUGAUUGCAGCGAACGUGCGAAAGAAAUUUCGAGAACUUUCAUGUCGUCUGUGCAACCGCCCAAAAAAGCUAUCUCCGCCUUUGUCUCGCCAAUGCAACGCCAGUUUGAUGGGAGUGGGACAUUCUCCACCGUUCACUGUCGCAGGGGCCAUGACAGCAUCAAAGUUAGUGGCGUCGGUGUGGACAGCAUCCGUUUUGCCGAGGAAACCAUUGAUUUGUCGCUAGUUGAGCAAAUUGUAGAGGAGGGACAAGUGAACGCCAUUGCUCAGUGCCUCGCCAUGUUGUAUGACGGGGAGGAAAAUGGCAUCAGAACCAUCCUUGCGAAGGGGAAAUCGCUGAAGUUGCUUUAUUCACCUUCGGGCGGUAGCGAACCACGUAACGUGCCCUUUUACUCGGAAUUCGCUGCAUUGAUUGAGGGCUGUGACGCGGCAUUGCGUGAUGCACGACUGGAGGCGCGAACGCCAUCGUGUUAUUUGCCACGUGGCUUCACAUCAGCGGCGAGGCGGUUUGAAAUUGGCGCCGCACUCAACCGAUUGCGCACACUCCGGACCCUCACAGCAGCCAUGAAGUGA